AGCCUAGCUUUUGGCUGACGUGAUUGAGGGAAUCUGGUCCCGAAUAGAAGCCCAUCGAUGAUGGCAGAGACUGAAACUGUAGAGCAAAAGAGGAAGAGGAAGAGGAAGAGGCCAUCAAUCAUCAUCACAACUCACAAGGUUGUCAUGACAUCUUUUGCUUAUGCGUACGUACAUGUUAAUGUGGAAUGACACGCAAUGCAUUAACCGUCGGUUAUACUUCCCAGCGACUUCACCAAUUGCUCCUCUCUCUACUGCUCAUGUCAUGCAUUAUUAUGUUAUAUAUCAACUUAACCUGAGUUUUCUCUUUCUUUUCUUUAUAUGGGAAUGGGAUUGAUUAUUAUUAGUCCUUCUGGGCUUCUUGGAUUAGAGAACUGCAUAAUGGGUGUGGGGGAAAGCGUUUCAGCUCAUAAUUGUUAGUGGAUAAUUGACUGGUAAGGGGGCAGGAAUUCUUGAUUUUGGUAAAUAAGUUCAGCAUGCACAGCACGCAGAUAACCAGAAAAAAAAAAAAAAAAAAACUGCUAAACUCAUUAUUUCCACUACCCAGUUAUGCCCAGAAACCCAAACCCUAACAACCUAUUAUAUUCUUUGCCAAAACAGGGAAAUUUUUUAUAACAGUUACAAACAAAUCACAUAUUGAUAUUGGAAUGUCUCCAGCCAUUUAUAGCGACUGUGACAUUGAAAGACCCCUCACAGUCACAGCACAGCUCUGCCGUGUUGUACUUGGCUUCCUGAAAAGAAAAGAGCAAACCCAUGAUUCUUUUAGUCCACCUUCUCUCCACGUUCCAUUUCAUUUUCACAUAUGAACCAAAGGAGAGAAAGAGAAGAAAAGAUCGCUGGAGAGAUGAGGAAUCGAUCAAAUAAAGGAGGAUUGGAGAAAGAGAGGAUUCAUAAGAUAAAAGAAGGGCCUCAUCUCUCUGGUGCUUACAUCCGUAGCCUUGUCAAACAACUAACCUCUUCGAGAGCAAAAGACCCCAUGAACCCAAAACCUUCAGAUUGUGUACCUUCAAAUCUCGCUAAAUUCAGUGAGGGUCCUGUCGAAUCACAAGCAGCCUAUCCGCCCCAACAGCCCAAGAAACAGGUUAGGAGAAGACUAAAUACCAAUAAGCCUUACAAGGAAAAGCUUCUAAACAUGGCUGAAGCCAGGAGGGAGAUUGUCACCGCACUAAAGUUACAUAGAGCAGCAAUGAAACAGGCCAACGAAAAACAGCAGCAGCAACAGUCCCUACUGCAACAACAACCACCACCACCACCGCCAUCACAGCCACUACAGUCUCCUCAACCAUCUCUAGAAGAGAAGAUGAAAUUUGCUUGUGGAAACCCCAUAAUCUAUCCAUCAAACAUCACAAACUUCACAGAUAAAUAUCUACACCACCAGUCCUACCCAUCUUUAUCAUGUCCUAAUCAUUUCUUAUUGGCUUCUCCCCCCGCUAUACCAUUUUCAAUUACUCAAGAUCUCAGUCUCACCCAGCUCCCAAACCAACCCCUUGGCCUAAACCUCAACUUCCAUGAUUUCAAAAACCUGGAUGCCAUCUUUUUCCAUGAUCCAUCAUUCCCCUCUUCUUCUUCUUCUUCUUCUUCUUCUUCUUCUUCUUCUUCUUCUCCUUCUCUCCUGAUCAACGAAGAAAUACCUUUGGCUGCAACAUCACCGGAGGUGGUGGCCGAUUUAGAUAAUUCUGGUGUCAAGACAAAAGACCAGCAUCCAGCAAUGGAUGAUGACGAAAUGGCAGAAAUCAGAUCCAUCGGAGAGCUGCAUCAGAUGGAGUUGAAUGACAGAUUGAGUUUAGUAACAUCGGCAUGGUGGUUUAAGUUCUUGAAAUCGAUGGAGGUUGAUCCAAACACAAAGGAGGAUAGAGAAGAAUAUAGGUUUCACCCAUUUGAUGAGGCCGUGGAAUUCCCAUCUUGGUUGAAUGCAAAUGAAAGCUGCCUCUUGCAACACCAUAUGGAAGAUCACUAUUCAGAGGACUACUUGCAAGAACCUGGUUUGCCAAGCCUGGAUCUUGGAGAAAUUAAUGGAAUGGAUGGCGACUGGCUAGCCUAACUCAGAUUUGAUUUUCUAUUUUAGUUUUCUGAUCAAGCGUUCUAUUUUAGUUUUAU